GGACAAGGCUGCAAUGUGAAAGGGUCUGAAGACUUUCCAGAUACACUGUAGAGUUCAGCAGCACAGCCUUCGUUUACAAUACUGUCACAUGAGGAAACUGACAUUUUCUGGAAUCUGGCCAAUAACGGGACCUUUCAGAACUUUUUUUUUUUUCUUCUGUCUAUGGAGAAGUGUGAAGAAUUGUUCGUCCAGAUAUGCAGGAUUCAAAUACUUUUAGGUGAUGAUACAGAAGAGAAGAAGGCAUCCUCUGCUCAGUCACAAUGAACCAGCAGCAAAUUGACAGCGACUAUGCACGGAGCAGUGUCGUGGAUUCCCAUGGUUCACUACUGGACGUCCAUUCAAUUAAUAGUGCUGAGUUGGUGGCAAGACUUGAAUCCUACGAGAGCUCAGGGAAAAAAAGCAUAUCUGAUGUCAGAAGAACAUUCUGCCUCUUCGUCACCUUUGAUUUCCUGUUUGUCACUUUAUUGUGGAUCAUAGAGCUAAACGCAAAUGUUAAUAUACUAGAGGCCUUGCAGAAAGAGGUUUUACACUAUGACUACCGCUAUUCGUUUUUUGACAUAUUUUUGUUAUCAUUCUUUCGAUUCAAUGUCCUUAUUAUUGCUUAUGCAAUAUGCAAACUGCGCCACUGGUGGCCAGUAGCGGUGACAACAGCAACAACUUGUGCCUUCCUGAUAGUGAAAGUUAUUGUUUCUAAGCUGUUUUCGCAAGGUGCUUUUGGUUAUGUCCUUCCCAUCAUGUCUUUUAUCUUGGCCUGGAUAGAAGCUUGGUUCUUAGAUUUUAAAGUUGUACCACAAGAAGCUGAAGAAGAAAAUCGUCGUUUAAUGAUACAGAGCGUUUCUGAACGUGCUGCACUUUUACCACCAGGACCAAGGUCGGAUGGACAGUUCUACUCUCCCCCAGAAUCUCCUGCAGAUUCGGAUGAUGAUGCUGUAGAGAAACAAGACAGUGAAAAAUCUCUUAUUGAGUAAAAUUGAAGGCAUUCUACUGCAAGGAACCUUUUUGCAAAGAGUGAUGCAUUCAUGGUGACAACAGAAAGUAAAGCCAAUUAAAGCCUUUCAGUAGAGUACAGAUGGGGAUGCUCUCGUGGAUUGUUCUACAAGGCUGCUUAAACUACUGUUGAAAUUGCUGUGGGCACCAGUUAAAACUUACGUUUGUAAGAGAAAAAUACAGUGCAUACUUUAGUGCAUAGCAGAUACUAUAACAACGCUGGCUUAGUAAUACUAUGUUGUAAAAGAGCCGAAAACUGGACCAACUUGUAUUGUACUUUCCUGGAGUCCACAGUGUCUGAUUUCAGUGCCUUUGUGCUCUCUAUGAUGCAGAAACAAGUGCAAACCUAAGGAUGGGUUCUCUGGUGAGACUAAAACUGUGAAAAUGAUGUGGGAUUUCAUUACAGAAUUCGCUUUUUGUCGUAUUGCAUCGUGCCAUCAUGUACAUGAUGUUUUAUGUAGCAAAUACUGACCUUUUUUUUAACAUGUGGCACACUGGCAAGUAACAAAGAAAAGAUUCAGUGUACCAAUUUUCCUACACUGGGCAUGACUUAGAGGGGUUGUUCAGUUGGCACCCUGCACCCCUGCUGAUCAGCUGUUCUGUUUAGCUCCAACACCAGAAGUCUGCACUUGAGCUACAGAGCACCAUCAGCUGAAUGGAGGGGGUGUGGAGUAGGACAGG